UGUGGCGUCUUGAACCCGUUCCAGCAUGGAGUGAGUCUGGAAGGACGUUAGUUCCGUACCCCGGAGUCGGCACUUCUACCUCGCCGAGUCUCCCGUGACGUCCCCGGCCCGGUCAGUCUCCGCUCAAGCCGCGCGAAGAAAGUCCAUCUCACUCGCGCCUCAAUCCGGCCUCUCCUCCCAGCUGUUUUUAGGUGGCGCGAAUUAUAUCGUUCCACAUCCCAGCAGUCUCACAGCCAACAACGGUGAAUUCGAGGCAUAGCGAGCUAGACCGACAGCGCAGCCAGAACGCGACGCCGCUCGUUGCUCUCACUGGCAAAGCCGCACCGACCGCAGCGCAUUUUUUCUCCAGUUCGCGCCAGAACCAGCGCAAGAAAUAGCUGCCAAAGCGGCGCUAAUUGUAAAAUUUCAAGUCACCGACAACCCAGCCGUCGCAGCCGCAGUCAGUAGCGGCACUCUCUGCCUCGAGUCCAUCCACCGACAACCCUGGCCGAGAGAUUAAUGAUUGAAUUGAUGGACGCCAUGUGGACCUUCAAUAGUAUCACUGCCACGUCACCGCCCGCCAGGCGUCUCUCACUUCGUCAUGGCGCCUCGGCAGCGGAGAUUAAAGCCCACAUGAAGGACCUCUUCCACGAGCUCGAGACCACGCGGCUCGCUGGCUUCCCGCUCUCCGCCAACGGCUGGCGGCGCCGCACCGCCGGCGCGCCGCGGCUGCAGGACUGCUACAAGCUUGGGCGGGAGCUGGGGCGCGGGCAUUUCGGCGUGGUGCGCGAGUGCGUGGACGCGGGCACGGGGGAGUUGUUCGCGUGCAAGUCGAUUCUCAAGGACCAGAUUCAGCGACCCGAGGAUCUCAAGGAGCUCCGCGCCGAGGUGCUCGUUCCGCUGCUGCUGCAGGGGGGAGGCGCGGCGGCGGGAGGCGCGGGGAAGGCGACACCUGGCGCAGGCGGCAUCCUGCGACUCUUCGAGAUUGCGGAGGACGAGUCCGCGCUGCACCUCGUCGUGGAGCACUGCGCGGGGGGGGACCUCUUCGACCAUGUCGCGCGCAACACGCGCCUGCCGGAGCGCGAAGCCGCGGGGAUCUUCCGCCAGGUCGUCUCCGUCGUGCUGCGCAUGCACGCGCGCGGAAUCGUUCACCGCGACCUCAAGCCCGAGAAUAUCUUCCUCCGCCGCCCGCCCUCCGCCGGCUGCGCCUCCGCCACUCUGGCCAGCGCCAGCGCCGCCUCUCCGCCCACGACCGCAGCUGUUGACGCUCGCGCCGACGCGACUUCCGCGGAAUGUUGCGCGGAGGUGCGCGUGGGGGACUUCGGGCUGGCGCAGCAGCUAACGCGCGAGCGGCCGCGGCUGCGCGGAUUGGCGGGGAGCCCGUUUUACAUGGCGCCGGAAAUCGUGCGGGGAAAAGAAUACGGCGCGGAGGUCGACGUUUGGAGCCUGGGUGUCGUUUUGUACACGUGUCUAUCCGGCGUGCUCCCUUUUUACGGAAAAAAUCAUAACGCUAUUUUCGCUGCUGCAUGUCGUGCGGAUCCGGAUAUGAGCAAACGUCCGUGGUCGCUGAUUUCUACGGAAGCGAAGCACCUUGUGAGGAGUAUGCUUCAGGCGGAUCCAACCCGGCGAAUUCGCCUGCACGACGUACUGUACCAUCCGUGGCUGAGAAUCGCCGGUCGCCAAAGCGUUUACCGGAGCCUCCUCCAACGGGAGAUUGCCUCGCUUUUCCCUGCUACAGUUUCGGUUUCCCCGAUGUCAAAAGCAGCUGCUAUGUCCGCGCCAAAGUCAGCCCCAAUUCCCAUCCCCGUGACUGGUCCAACUACACUCAAAGCAGCAGUUAUUGGAGCAGCUGUCAACUCUACAAUUUCAAACCCCGUUACAGUCACCUCAGCUACUACCACUUGCAAUCCUCCUGAUUGCAAUGACUCCUCCUCUACUGCUUCCUCAUCACCUGGCUCAUCCGGAUCUUCCUUCUCCAUCACCCUCUCUACAAGCAUCUCCAGUAGCAGGAGCACCAGCAGCAGCAGUAGCAGCAACUGCAGCAACAUGGCCAACUCCACCGUGCCACCUGUGCCGCUUUUUAUUCGCCAAAAUACCAUCAAAGUCCCUUCUGCAGCUUGGGCCGCCUUUCCGCCGUCAGCCCUUCCUGCUCCUCUCACUCCCCCCUCUCUAGCUCCUCCUCUCACUCCCUCGUCUGCUGUGGUCGCCAGCAUCGGCAACACCAGCAGUUGGAGCGUUUGGGACGGGCUCCCUCUGACCUCUUUCCUCCAAUCGGCUGUGCCUACCCAGUAGCUCGUGGACUGCGCUUUUUAGGGGGAUUGGCUGAGAUUCAAGCAGGCAUCUAAACUUUCGUGGACUGCCCUUUUUUGUAGCUGUGCUACACUGCCCUUGUUUAGAAAUCCAUUGAAUCUAUACACUUGGUAUGGCUUC